AUGUCCAACUCAUCCUUUGAGCUUACAGUUGGCAAUUUGGAAAAGAAUUCGGCUGGUUACAAGCCUCUAAAUCUAACUCUAAUGGCUCCAGGACCUGGCUACACUUGUGUACCUUUAAAGGAUAUGAAUCCCAUAGUUUCUUUAGUUACAGGGGGACGAAGAAAAGAGCAAGUUUUCAGGACAUGGAAAUCGACAUGCACGUUCUCCAGUUAUUUGGCAAACGAAUCUCCAAAAAACAAAUGGUUCGGGACAUCUAUGCCACGAAUGAAGGUUGGGGAUAAAAUUACGAAAGGGGGUAAAGAUUGA